AUGUUUCCAAUAUUUACUUCAAUGCAUCGACAACCUUCAAAUGAUAGUUAUUAUUUUUUACGUUAUCUUUUUUUACUAUACAUAUGUACAGCAUUUUUAAUGAUAAUUAGUGCAUUUAGUGAUGAUUUGAACGAUAAUGAAGUAUUCCCUCAUUUAUCAAUGAAUUCUAUCCAUACUGAUAAAUUUUCCUCUCCUUAUACAACGCAUAUGGAAGAAAACGAUGCUGAAGAAAAAGAACUUCUUAUGAAUUUAUUAAAAUCUUAUGAUAAUGUGAUAAAAAUUAAUCAAUCAAUAGAUUAUGAUAGAUCUUUUGAAAGUUCUUCUUCAAUAUCAUCAGUUCGAUUUAUUCCUCCAUAUCUAAAUUUUUCUCAACAAUCAAUCGCUAUUCCUCGAAUGCAAACUGUGAUAAUAAUUAAUCAGGAUCCUGAACCACUUGAACUCUAUUCAUUAUCUGAAGCAACAAAUCAAUUUUAUUCAACACUUCCAAAAGGAAAUCUUGUUCUAUCCCAUGGUGAAAAUAUAUCAAUAAAUAUUUAUUAUCUACCAAGAACAAUCGGUAAUAUCAAAACUAUAUUUACAAUAAAUACAAAUCGUGGAAAUAUUGAUUAUAAUGUUAUUGGUCGAAGUAAAACAAAUCCAUUUCGUUUACGUCCAUUAAUUAAUAUUGAAAUUCCAUUAAAUUCAACAUAUGAAUAUACAAUACAAUUUCAUAAUCCAUAUAAUUAUUCAUUAGAUAUCAAUGAAAUCUAUACAAGUGAUGAAAAUUUACGAAUUGAUUUAUUAUUAAAUAAAAAUAUAAAAAAUAAAAUAACAAAAGUUUUCGAACAUCAUGAACAAUGGCAUUUAAAAGCAUAUGAAAUGAAAUCUAUUAUAAAAAUAAAUUAUUUUGCAUAUAAACUACAUCGUUUACAUGGAUUUAUUUGUAUUAAAACAAAUUUUACUGAAUUAAUUAUUUUACCAAUAGAAAUUAAUGUUUUAAAUUAUCCAGGUCUUUAUUCAAAUGUUGAUGUAUUAGAAUUUUCUACUGAAAAAUUUAUACGUUCAAUAGCAGCACCAAUAUCAAUACCACUUUAUGUAUUCAAUAACAAUUUAGAUCCAGUGAUGCUUACUGAUGUACGUGUGGAGGAAAAACAUAGGAAAUAUAUUACUAUUCAAUACAAAACUCUACCAAUACCACCUGGAGUUCAUCGUUUAAAUCAAAUAGCUGAACUAACUAUUCAUCCAGUAUUGAUUCCUACUUCUGUUAAGCGAAUACAUGGUUAUGUUCAAGUAUAUAUACUAUCCACUAAUGAAAAACUUGCCAUUGAAAUUCCAUUUGAUGAAACAGUUAUACAUGGUUCACUUGAUUAUGAUAAAGAUAAUACUUAUAUUUAUAUUUCAUCAUCAAAUAAUGAAUUUAACAAUGAAGAAUGUACACCAAUUUCAUUUGUUAAUCGAUAUAAUAUGCCAAUAGCUAUAUAUAAUAUAACAACAGUUGAUCAAGAAAUUCUCUCAUCAUAUAUCAACAUUACAUAUCCAUCAUCUUUACUUUAUUUAUAUCCUAAUCAAUGGAAACAAUUAGUAUGUGUAACUGUUAAAGAACCAUCAUUAUCAAAUGUACUGUCUACUAAUAUUCAAGCAACACUCGAUAUUCAUUCGAAUUUAUCUACUUUUCAUUUUGUAGUUUUUUUAUACAAUGGAUUUCUUACCGUUGAUGUUUUAAGUGAUAUUACAAGUGAUGGUAUACGAAUUAAUGAAACAAAUCCAUUUGAAUUCUAUCUAGCUAGUAUACCAAUAAAUGUAUCACGUACAGUAACAUUUACAUUAACAAAUCCAAAUCCAAUUGAUAUUGCUAUUGAAAAUUUUCAUUUCACUCUACCCAAUACUGAUAUUCAACUUGAUUAUAUGCAAUUAAUAGAUGGUAAUGGAACGAAAAUAAAAUCAAUAAAUCUUUAUAAAAAUGAGAAUAUUUCUCAAUUUAUUCUUCCUGAUCAACAUCUUGCAGUUUUUUCAUUGACAAUUAACGGAGCAGAUCAACCAAAAUUUCAUAAUGAAACAAUUACUUUUAAAACACGUUAUCAAAUACUUCGUAUAAAUAUACAAUAUGAAAUUGUUGAUGGAUCAAUCGAAUUAACUAAUAAAACAUCGUUACAUAUUGAUGCAUUUCCUAAUCGUAUAGAGACAUUAGAUAUAUUUACACAUAAUAAAUUUAAUGUACCAGUCAAUGUAUUCCGAAUGGAUUUUAUAACAUAUGGAACAUGUUUUGCAUUUACUUGGAAUGAUUCGCCAAUGGGUAAUGUUAAACUUCAACCAAAUAAAAUACAAGAACUUGGUAAACUUCGUUUCAAUAUGGCUCCAUUAUGUGAAGAACCUCCAUCUGAAGCAACUUGUUAUUGUGGUCUACAUCAUCAUCCGUCAUUUAAACAAAGAUGGGAUGAAUGUGUUUCAGCAUUGAAUACAUAUGAACUUGAUCAUAGUCUUAUAAUUAAAUUUCGAAAUCUUUGGAAAGAAUGGACGUCUCUUGUUCGAAAACAGCGAAUUCAGACAAAUAUUUGGAUUUAUACUGAUCGAGCGAAUAUAUCAACACCAUUAACUAUUGAUUUUGUUUGGCCAUCUGUACUUGAUCAUAUGUUUUCAUCAUAUUCUCGUGCGCCGCUUAUCCUAGAUUUUCAAGUUAUAUUUAUCAACAUAACUAAAACACAAAAUAUCAUCAUAACAAAUCCUUCCUUAAAUCUUGUUACAUAUUCUGUUGAACUUCAUAAAGCUGAUUCGGAUAAUUUCAAAUCAAUUAUCAACGAUCAAAUUUUUACAAUUUCAACAACAUCAAAACGAGUAGAUUUAAUAAGUGGUACUUAUCAUUUUCAACUUCGACCAGCUGAACAAAUAACAUUUACUGUAUCUUAUCGGCCGACGCAAAUGAUUAAACAUGAAAUGUAUUUUAUUAUCCGAAAUAAUUUAACAAUUAUUGAAUCCAUACUUGUACGCGGUGAAGGUGGUAUUGGCAGUUUACGUGUUGGACAUCGUAAAGCUACUUCAUCUAUGAGUCCAAUUAUUAUAUCAAUAGAUGAAAAACAAUAUAAACUUUGUUUAAAUAUUCAAUCGAAUCCUUUACUUAGAAAACUUAUAACGCUUACAAAUACAGGAAAUAUGAAAACAAUCAUUUAUGACAUCUCAUUUGAUCAAAUGAAGUGUUCCGGUCAUGGUUUUUCAGCUCCUUAUUGUACAAAUAUUGAAAUAGAAUCUAACGAAAAAUAUAAUCUACAAAUUUUAUUUCAACCUGAUUAUACAUUAGUUGAAGUUAAUCGAACAUUAACAUUAAAUACAAAUAUCGGUCUUAUAUCAUUUCCAAUUAUUGUUCGUAUUCCACAACGUGUUUUAUCAACAUGUUACAAUAUAGUUCCACGUCCACGAUGGGAAUUUCGAACAUAUUGUUUAUGUUUAUGUUCAUUAAUUUUUCUUACUAUUCUAAUUUUUUUUACAGCUGGAUAUGAUGCACGAAGAAUAUAUGAUGAUUAUUUAAAUCGAUACAAAUGGCGUGUACAAAUUCAAGCAACAGACAGUAAAAUGUUCGAUCUUAGUGAUUUAUCAUUAGCCGUUCAAGAUGAAGAAAAAAUUCGCGAACGAAUUGAAUCACUUUCAUCAACAGAUGCAAAAAAAGAAACAACAUCAAAGAAUGAACUUAAAUCUAAACGUUCGACUACGCCAGUUAGCGAAAAUAGAGAACCAUCAUCGAAAGUACGAACUCCAAUUGGAUCGACAUCUUCAACAAAAUCAGGAUCAAAUAAAGCACGACGUGCAACAACAACAGAGAGUGGUUCAACAAAAUCUAUAAAAACUCACCAUGAACCGUUAGGAAAAACUCAGUCAUUACAAAGACAAAAAUCAGAUCAACAUACAACACCUCCAGUUCCAUCUAAAACUGUUUCAUCAUCAACAGUUGUAACUGAUGAUGAAAUUGAACCAUUUGUAGUUCCUCGACAAAGACGUAUUUCAAGCAAAGCAAAAGAAUCAUCAACUAAUAUAACUCCAAAAUCAAAUGCUGAUAAUAAUAAUACUGUUAUUAAACGAAAAUCUUCUAUUUAUUCUGAACAAACUAAUCCGUUAAAAUCAGAUGAUUCUUUAGAUGAUCAACAAUGGAGUAUGGUUAGUUCGAAUAAAGGACAACGUAAAGGAACGACUUCCGCUCGACGAGAAACACAUGAUGAAUCUCAUAUAACUAAUAAAACAAGUAAAGUAUCAUCAACUAAUUCAGACAAGCAAACAAUACCAUCAUUAAUGAGCAAUAUAAUUAAUCCAAUUCCUACUAAAUCAACACAUUCUCGUCGUCGUGGCGCUCGUAAACAAUCGCCUGCACCCGUUUCUAAUUUAGUAAAAAGAAAAAGUUUACAGGAUGAUACACCAUUAUAUAGUCCAAAUCGAGAAAUAGCAUUUCGUCAAUUGACAGAACAAUUAUGGGCAGCUGGUUUACCAUCAUCAACAAAUGCAUGUUCGAUGUCUAUACGUUCGCGUUGUUCAUCAGCACCACCAUCAGAACGUGAUGGUGGUGAUGAUGAUAUCGAUUGGGAUGAACCAGAUGCACCGGAUGAUGAUUUUGGUCGAUAUGCUUUACAAAAUGCAAAUUCUAUGAAUGAUUCAAAUGAUACUGAUGAACGAAUACAAACACAACAAAAAACAACACCUAUUAAUAUUCCAUCAUUGAUGUCACUAUCAAUAACACCACCAACAAUGACGACAAAUACAACACAACAAAAGUCAACGACACCUACAUCUGUCAUAAAAGAAAAUAUUGAACCAUUACCAUUUCCAUCUCAUCAUUCACCUGGUCCAAUUCAACGACCUAAUAAAUUGUCAUGUCAACCUGUUACACAAGCUUCAAUGUUUUUUAGUGAUACUAUUGAAUCACCGGAUACACCGGACGUACUUGUUCAAAUCAAUCAUCUUCUUGAUCAUCAAAAUAGUAUUACAACAGUACCAUCAACAACUAAUGUUUCCAAUUCAACAACUUCACCAUUAAUUAAUGACAUUCCAACACCAAAUGUUCCUUGGACACCAUUUUCACCAACAGAAUGGCCAUCGAAAUAUGAUUCAACAUGGCCAAUGGCUAAUAUGCCAAGUCCAAAUAUUCCUUUAACAACACAAAUACAGAAUCCAUUUGCACCACAACAACAAAGUUCAAAAGAAGAUUCAGCUGUUUGGCCAACUGCAUUAGGAACAGCAACACCACGUUCAACACCAUUAAGUACACGUACACAACCUGGUUCAGAAUGGACUGAAAUGUUUUCAUCUGCAAGUGCUUCAUCAAUUGAACCAACCAAACCAAUAAAUAAUACUUGGACAAAAUUUUUACCUGUAUCGGAAUCAUCAUCAAUCGAUAAUCAAACAACAAAUAAACCAGAAAAUGAAGUUAAUAAUCAAUUUUGGGAUUCAAUUACACAACCAAAUUCAUCGGCAUCAUGGUGGCCAAAACCGUCCACUGAUGAAAAUAAUGAUGAUAAAGAUCAUUCGCGUUGGGAUUUUGCACGUUAA